AUGCACGACCUCGCAAAGUCCCUCCCCCCGCCCAGAAAACAGAACAUCGCCUGCGACGCCUGCAGGUCCCGCAAGGUCAAGUGUCAUCAGCUUCCCGGCCAGCCCAAGUGUCAGCAUUGUACGGUCAAAAACUACCCCUGCACGUCCGUCCUCCCUUUCCUCCCACAUCACGCGCAGCAGGCAACCAGCGAGAAAAAGCGCGUCUCUGCCGUCUCGCGCAGGCCCCGUGCGUACAGCGGCAACAAUACAGGGUGCGUUAUCCCCCCUCCCACACGCCACUUCCUCACCCUUGACUGUUGCUCAUUUGCGCCCCCACCCCCUCGCUUGCCCAUUUGUCCCUCUCCGCCGCACGCACCCCCGCCGUCUCCGUCCCCGUUCCGCGCCCAGCCGCCGGCCGUGCAGCCACCGAUUCGGCGCAAUACGAGCUUCACGGAGCUGCUCGCCUACCUCUUUUCCCCCGGCGACCGCCCCAGGUGCGUCCCCGUGCCCCCGCUCGCUCGCGUGCGCGGUUAUCGCGCGUCCUCCCCGUUCCACCACUGGGGCGACCUCGCAUACAAGCUCGAAGACGAGGCCUACCGCAUCGAGUUCGCGCUCGACCUCGUCGAGGUCUACUUCCAGAUCGUGCACACCCGCCUCCCGUUCCUCAACCCCGCCCACUUCCGCGCCCGCCUCAACGUCUUCGACCCGUUGCACCCGGCCCUGAUGGCGACGGUCAUCGCGUGGGGCGCCAAGUUCUCCGAACACCCGCUGCUCGUCGCGGACCGCGCCCAGACGUCGCUGCGGCAGAGUGCGCUCGCCAAGGCGCUCAUCGAUCGCGCGCGCGAGGUCGCGGAGGCGCUCAAGGUGCAUCGCGUGCCCGCCGCGGAGCACGUCGUGAUCGCGCUGUUGUUGGAGCCGCUGCAGAGCCGUGCGUAUGCUUCAGGGUACCGCGGGUUUUGGCUGACUUCGGCCAUCCGGCAGCUGUUCGAUCUGCAGAUCAAUCACAAGGCGGUCAUCUCAAACAUUCAAGACCCCGAGGCGCGCGGGACGAUGAUCUUCGCGUGGUGGAUGGCGUGCCUGUCCGACGCGUAUGGCGCCGCGUACUACCGCCGCAAGCCCGCGCUCGACGACUCGGACUACGACGUCGACUUUUACACCGUCGACGCGAUGCACGCCCACGCCGAGUCUCCCGCGGACCGGCACGCGCACCACGGGCAGAUGAUGAAGCCCGACCCAAGGGAGCAUCUCGAGGGCUACUACCGCGCGGCGCACGCGCUGGCGCGCAUCUCGCGGCACAUGUCGAAGCACCUGUGGAUCCCGAGCACCGACUCGGAAGGCGUCCCGCUCGAGGUGCUCCGCGGGAUCAUGGUCCAGCUGAACGACUGGCGCGAGCAGUACCUGCCGCAGGUCGGCAUCCCGCCGAGCCUCGCGGCCGAAUGGGACUUCGUGUCCGCCGUCUCUGCGUGCGCGAGCGACGCGACGUUCCACAUCAUGUGGAUCAUCCUGUUCAACGCGCUGGACGACUUUGGCGUGCGCGAGAUCAACGAGGCGGCGCGGAUCGGGAGCCCGCCCGGGCACAUGCUCCCGACGAACUACAUGCAGAUCGAGGAGAUGAAGCGCAAGGUGCUCGACGAGGCGCUGCACGGCGCGCUCAGGAUCGCGGGGCUGGCAGGCGUGCUGACGAAGAACGGAUACUUGCGUCUCGACCCAGCGGUGAUGCACGUGAGCUGCAACCAGGCGGGCAUGCUGCUCGCGCGGUUCGCGCGCCCCGAGGUGCAGAACUGCAUCGAGGGGCUCGAGCAGUACAGCUACUCGUACGAGGAGGCCGCGGAGCAGGCCGUCGGCCUCCGCAGGCUGUACGAGCUCGCACGCCUCGGCGAGGGCGAGUUCGGGCACAUGGCGUCCGUGCUCCCGCGCUCCGCGCCCCCGAACGCGCACGUGCACCACCACCCGCUCUCGCACCACCAGCAACAGCAGCAGCAACAGCAACAACAUUUGCACCAGCUUCCGCACGCGCAGCAGCAGCAGCACCCGUCGCAUCAUUCACAUGCGGUGCGUGCGCAGCAGAUGCAGCAGCAGCAGCAGCAGCAGCAGCAGCCGAUGGGCGUGCAGCAGGUGCACGUCCCGCUGGCGGACGCGAUGUACGUGGACUACUAG